AUGUCUCAAGAAACGCUCUGUUGUGACUCUCCCGCGUCCUCCUCGGCGACACAAGUUGAAGACUACUUUUACGGUUCACAGGUUAAGACCCUUGGGUCAGACAUAUCCACGGCCGUUGUGCCACAGAAGAGAAGCUGGAAAGAUUGGGUGAGAAAGGGGAUCGGCUCAGGAAAGAGCCAGGUGACACCUGUAAAAACAGAUAUUAUACACCUUUUCCCUGGUUGGGCCGCCCGUAGAUACGCUGAAGGAGGAGUGGAAGGUUCACCAAGACCGUUCGACGUGGAAGCUGUUGUGAAUGGAUUCGCCAUCUCUCAUCGGCUCCCCCAAAACACCACUCGUUCUCAGCGGGCGUUUAUUCGUCUAGCGAAAGGCUUUGUAUCGUUACCAAAAGCUGAGGAUAAGGACGACAUCUCGGGCAAUACUACCUCACGCUCCGACACAUCGACCUCGAGGGAAGAAACCUCAGAAAUCAAUAUUUCGUUAUGUCUCAACGAGGCUAAAAUGGACGGCGAAAUCGAAGCUCUAGAACGUGAAUAUCAGCGAGCCACAGGCCAAUUGGAUUCACCCCUAUCUUCUCCAAUGGAUCUGUCCCCUCCAUACACCCCGGAGUAUGCAGAUAGAACAAGAUACUGUGGCAUGCCUGCCGAAGCCCUCCGCCGUUUACACGCCAAUGUCGAAUCACGCUUACAGCCAUUUUGGUCUCCAGUCCUUCCCAACCGCACCGUUCGCCUUUACCUCUUCGCGACGACCCCAGAUCACCAUUCCAUUACCCAGCAUAUCACUGGUAGACACACAUACUCCAUUAGUCCCCUUGCAACUCAAGACGUGAUAACGGGAAAUUCUGGAAGUUUUCAAGCCCGUUUCAAAGUCAACUGGGAAGACUUACAUCCACAUUUCGGGGCUCACGGAAUUCCUUUGAACAACCCCACCAAGGAGCCCAGUCUCACGAUCGUUGCCAAGCUCCUACCUCUCUCAGCUACCUCUGCAUUGCCGCAGGAAAGAUCCAAUUCCGAGCCUCUCAUGCAAACGUCGUUCACAGUUCAAAUCCCGAUCACCCACUGUCCCAUUCGUGUCAUCUCAGAUAUUGACGACACCGUCAAAUUGUCUAAUAUUACGAGCGGAGCGAGGACAGCAUUUCAUAACGUGUUCGUGAAGGAUCUACGGGAUUGCGUAAUUCCAGGGAUGAAAGAGUGGUAUGGCAACCUGUUUAUCCGAGGUAUACGGUUUCAUUACGUUUCAAACGCUCCUGACAAACUCCUCCCAGUUAUCAAAGAUUUCUUCCAGAUAUCUCAACUUCCUCCUGGCUCGAUCAAUAUGAAGUCGUACAGUGGAAGAUCUCUGUUUACUGGGCUUCUUUCCCGUCCCGCAACCCGCAAACGAGCAGGGCUGAUUGGCAUAAUGGAUGCCUUUCCCGAAUCCAAGUUCCUCCUCAUUGGUGAUUCUGGAGAACAGGACUUAAAACUGUACGCCGACAUUUCACGCGAGCGAUCUGACAGGGUCCUUGGUGUUUUCAUACGCGACGUUGAUGCCGGAUAUGCAUUGGACGCUACUAUGAUAACUGUCAGGAUCAGGUCCCAGUCCAUCACGACCGCCUUUCGUCCAGACUUCAGCCGCCUGAAGAGGAUUUUACCGGAGAGUUUGGUCAGUUUUGUGUCUUCGCGACAUAAGAAACCCCCUGCAUAUCCGCUUGAUUUGGCUGUGCACGUCAAUUCUGUGCCUUCUCAGCUACCUGCUGGUGUUGGGCUGUCAAAUGAGGAAGGGUCACGUGGGGAUCUAUGCUCGACUGAAACUCCCCGCACGAUCCGAGCUACCCCAAGUCGAUCUGAAUCCAAGUCUUCAUCUACAUCGAAGCUGCCAUCUCUCCAGGCAAGAGUUCAAUGGGCACGGUCAAGGAUUCCCGAACAGAUUCCGCUGAGGAUCUUCAGAGAGCCCGAGGAAUGCUUUGAGGUAGUAAACGAAGUGUUGGAAAAGCAGGAUAGGCAUGGAGACAUUUCUCGCGGCAGUGGAUAG